UGUCCUACAGCGGCCUGGCUGGAGGAGGAACAGCCGGUGUGCAGCAGCGGCUCCGGGAGACGCUUUUUUCCAUCUGAGGUCCAGAGACGAAGCAGAGGAGCUUCCUAUUCCUCCCAUCUUUUACGGGAAGCCCUGCCCAUCGUGUGGCCCUAACUGACUCCUCGUUUCACUUUCGCCACCUGCCCCGAACAACAGCCGACUCACACCGACAUCCCUGCACAUUCUGAUGUUUCUCUGCUCUAACCAGCAGCAGCAGCAGCAGCAGCAGCAGCAUGAUUCUGGUCAACUGCUGUUUCUUCAUCAGCUCCAACAUCAUCUUCGCAAUUGUGGUCGGACUCUCCAUCAUCCCCGUGGCUCUGUGGCAUCCGUUUCUGGACGACUUACAUGGAGGAACUUUUUUUGAAGGUGAGACAAUCAGCCACCUCUACUUCAUCACCUUCUUCAUCGCUGGCUCCGUUACCAUGGUGACUGCCAUCUUAGCAGCCUGUGGAGCCCAUAAGAAGAACGUGGUGGCUUUAAUCACGGUUUCAGGUUGUCUCCUCCUGCUGUUGCUGCUGUGUACGUUCGCUACGAGUCUGCUGCUGAUCGGCCGACCCAAGCUGAGUCUGACUGAGGAAAAGUGCCGUGCAUUUCUUCCUCUGGAUCAGGCUGCAGACAACAUCAAGAGUCAGGUUGAAGCUCUGCAGACAUCACUGCACUGCUGCGGUCUGUUCAGUUACCAGGACUGGGAGGACAACAUCCCCAAAUCCUGUGAGUGCAACCAGGAGGAGGAGAUGGAGGGCAAGUGUCAGACAGUGAGCUACAGGAACUUUCUGUUAAACCUUUUCUGGCAGAAGAAGUCCGUCUUCAGACAGGACUGCUUCCCCCUCAUCAUGGACUCUGUUACAAGACAAUUCGACAUCAUACUGGGAAUGUUCUCCGCUCUCUCCGUCCUGGUGCUGUUGGACCUGGGGCUGUCUGCACUGAUGAGCUACCAGAUGUUCAACGUCCCCACGGUGCAGUUUGUGCCACUGCUCCUCAUCAACUAAUCGCCUGCCUACCAGCACCUGUUGGCCCCGUCAGAUCAGGCUGCUAGCAUGAGAUUGAGCUUUAACCAUUUUUGAUGCAUUUUCUGGAUAUCUUUCUAAAAGCAUGAGAUAAGAGGAGAAAAAGUCUCAUAUAACAGAUCAAUUCCUCAUAUAUAGCAACUACACAGAGGCCUUGUUCUUAUCUUCUGUCUAAACAGAAACAUAAUCUUAUCAAGCAUGUGUUGUAUUAGAAAAGUAACUUACUGAGAUCUCACAGCUGAUAUUGAGCUGGAUUUAACCAGUAACAACAAUGGUUGCAUAAUAUCCCAGCAGAGGAGAUUAUUGUCCUUUUUUUCAGAAUAAAAGCACUCGCACAACUUCACAGUUUAACAGAAAGUCGUCUGGUCCCAGUGUUGGAAAUAAAGCAGCUGUUUCUGGAGACUUCAGUUAAAACAAAGUCACUUAUUUUUAUUCUGCUGGUUGAAGAAAUUGUUUCCGACUGGAGGAUUUUUUUUUUAUUUGUUUGGCAAAUUAUUAAUCUUAAAUUAGGGCACACAUUCUUAAAUUCAGCAACCUUGCUUAAAUCUUUGUCCUUUUCAAGUUUCAAGGUCCUUUACAGUCUUUCAGUGGCUAGUUUUAAGAUUUCUAGUUCGACCCCGCUGCCAGAUUUUUUGCUAAAGAGUUGCAAAAAUCUCCGUACGGACUGUAAACUAUUAGAAUUAUUUUGCAAUGUUCAAAUCUCUGCACUGUACUACUGAAGGUAAACUGUUGGACUAACAGUGUUAUAGUGAAACAGCUCUGCAGAGAUUUCCUGACCAACAAACCUUUUUCUCCACAUUUAAGAAUACAUGUUUGUUUGAUACAGACCCCCCCCCAAAAAACAAAUGUCACAUCAUCACAAUGUUAAUAAUGUUUUUGAGAAAAUUCAGUUAAUAAAUGAUGAUUCCCAACA